AUGAUCAACGACACUGUUGCGUUUGGAGAACUGGUCACUAAUGUUUCUGAGCCGCUGCCGCCUCUCUCUCUCAGCCACAACCAAAGUGCGUUCCCUGCGCUCCAGCUCGAGUCCAAGUCUCUGGUCACUUCAGCCACCAUGUUCGCAGUGGGAGUCCUGGGGAACUUGAUCGCCAUUGUCGUGCUGUGCAUCUCCAAGAAGGAGCAGAAGGAAACCACUUUCUACACUCUGGUGUGCGGGAUGGCCAUCACGGAUCUGUUGGGAACGUGCUUCACCAGCCCGGUGGUGAUCGCCACAUAUGUGGCCAACCGGUGGCCAGGAGGAGUGCUGCUCUGCCACUUCUUCUCCUUCUCCAUGCUCUUCUUCGGCUCAGCAGGGAUGUCCAUCCUGUGCGCCAUGGCUGUGGAGCGAUACUUGGCCAUAAACCAUGCGUAUUUCUACUCCCAGCACAUAGACCGGACAAUGGCGCGCUUUGCGCUCCUGGUCACGUAUCUAGCGAACAUCGUGCUGUGCAUUAUGCCCAGUUUUGGCUUCGGGAAGCACAUCAGGCACUUCCCCGGUACUUGGUGCUUUCUGGACUGGAGGGCGAUGGAUCCACUCGGUGCCUGCUACUCCUUCCUGUACGGCGGCGUGAUGCUGGUGCUGAUCGCCGUGACGGUGUUGUGUAACCUGGCGGUGUGUAGGUCGCUGGUGGGGAUGAACAAGAGGACAGGGAUAGUCAGGACGGAGCUGUGUGAGCAGGGAGGAUCACGGCGGCGGUUCCCCCGGCUGCCGUCGGUCACUUCAGCGGCGGAGAUCCAAAUGUUUUGGCUAAUGAUCUUCAUGACCAUAGUUUUCCUGGUCUGCUCCAUCCCUUUAGUGGUGCGAAUCUUUGUGAACCAGAUUUACGACCCUGAGUAUAUCUCUGCCGGAGGGAAGCCUGACUACCGCAGUGACCUGCUGGCGAUCCGCUUCGCCUCAUUCAACCCCAUACUGGACCCCUGGGUGUACAUUUUGUGCCGGAAGAACCUGCUGCUAAAGGGCUGCGAGCGGCUGAAGAGGACAGCUGCUCUUGUUAAGGACGGCCGUGGUGACAACACUGGCUGGGUAGGAGGUCAACACUCCCCUCAGUCUUUAAACAGCAAUGACACCAGCUACGCGUCAUUACGCACAGCCGGCUUCAGGAGCGAUGUUGAAAACCAGGUGUCCAUGAAGAAUAAACCCUUUACAGACUUCGCAAUGAGGCAAGCGUGGGAGUACGACACCGCGCGGGUCAACUUUCACCCGUUCAGCGUGGAGUCCACCGCGAUCCUCGGCUGUGAGGAGGAAGAAGCAGCCGGAUCCAAACAGGAGGGGGCGGCCAAAUCGUCUCCAGGACGCAGCGCGACGCCGCUGCUCUCUGCGCACGUUAGGAAAGUGGACAUUGUCACGUGUACGUUUAGUACACCGAGCUCGUGCCAGUCAGCGAAAUGUCUUUGAUGAACAUUUAACUGCCAUCCGUAGUUUAUAUAAAUGUGUCAAACUGCUACUUUUUAAUUCAACUGUGAGACACUUGUGAUGGUUUCAGCCACCAAAGAGCCAAAUCACCUCAAAUUAAUGAAGCACUUGAAACAGCACUUACUGUGACUGAACUCAUCUCAACAUCAGCACUGGGUCAUGCAUCUCUUUCAUAUGACUGAACCUGCUGCAUUAACAUGUCUACAUGUAAUUUAGGUUUUACCUGUUAAGGGAUCCACCUGAGGGUCUGCGCUACAGUUAGGCUACAGGGCAUUUUCAAUUUCUUCUUCAUAUCAAUAUGUCUGAGGUCUAGAAAAACACAGUCCCAGCAUCCUACAGUUAUAUCUAUAAGCAUGUGUGCGCAGUGAACAGGUGUCACAGGGGGUCAUUUU